AUGGGUACAUUUACAGAUAAGGUUGGUUUUGAAAAUAAAUACCUUGAGGGAACUUAUGUUGCAGUUUUCGUGCACUUGAUUAUUUGGUUGACAUUAUUGUUGUUUUCCGAAUUUAUUCGUAAAAGACAUAUUCUUCCGUCUCCUAAUGUUAUAAGGUUUGAACCAAGCGUAAGCGUCGAACCUAUGGCGCCACAAGAUUUUGCGACUACGGAACAAAUGGAUAAUCGCUAUGCAAAAGCGACAAGAGUUGCAAGAGAUUCUCUGUUGAUGCUUGUUAUCGCGACUAUUAUGACUCAAACGGGUUAUGGCGCGACCGUG